AUGAAGCUCUUCAUGGCCUCUUCUGCGCAUCUCCUCCUCUUCCUCAAUGCAUGUCUUCUCCUUCUUCCGCUUCUCCCCACCUCAGGCCAGAGAUCCACCUACAUCAUCCACAUGAACAGUUCCUCCAUGCCCGCCUCUCAACCCACGCACCAUGACUGGUACUCGACCAUCCUGGAGAACAUGUCGCUUGCCACCCCCAACUCCACCACCUCGGGCCGCCCUCAGCUCCUCCACACCUACCACCACGCCCUCACCGGUUUUGCCGCCACCCUGACUGCCGACGAGCUGCGAGCGAUGGAAGACUCCUCCGGCUUCAUCGCUGCCUACCCUGACCUGGAGAUCAAGCUUCACACCACCCGCACACCUCAGUUCCUCUGCCUCAACCACGACACCGGACUCUGGCCGUCGUCAUCCUACGGAGACGGCGUCGUCAUCGGCGUCAUCGACUCCGGCGUCUGGUCCGAGAGCCCGAGCUUCAACGACGGCGGCAUGAGCCCCGCUCCUCUCUGGUGGAACGGCACGUGCGAGCUUGGCACCCGUUGCAACUGGAAGCUCAUCGGGGCUCGAUCCUUCAACGUAAGCUCGAGCACAGCCGAUGGCGAGUCCGCGAGGGACAACGACGGUCACGGGACGCUCGUAGCCUCCGUCGCCGCCGGCGCCCCCGUCAGCGGCGCCUCCUUCUUCGGCUACGCCAACGGCACUGCCGUCGGGAUGGCGCCGCGCGCGUGGAUAUCAGUGUACGAGGUCGCCGACGCUCGCACGUUGGUGGCAUUCACCUGCAACGUGCUGGCGGCGAUGGAUGCGGCCAUCGCCGACCGAGUCGACGUCAUCUCUAUCGCCAUGGGCCUCACUGACCUCGUCCCGUUGUACGAGGACCCGUUCGCGAUCGCCUCCUUCUCGGCCAUGAAGAAGGGCAUAAUGGUGGUCUUCUCGGCUGGCAAUGACGGACCGUGGAACUACACAGUCACCAACGCCUUCCCUUGGGCGAUCACCGUAGGCGGGAGCUCCGUCGAUCGCAGACUCACCGGAACCCUCACCGUUUAUGGAGACAGUUUCACCGGUGUGUCCUUGUAUCCCCUGUCCAAACUGCUGGUUGACCUCCCGCUCGUCUACAACGCUACGAUCUCGCACUGCAACUCAUCCGAACUGAUAUCUCAAGCCGCCGCGGGAAAGAUAGUCGUCUGCCACGGCCUAGGCGGCAUCGGCAGUAUGUUCUAUCAGAUUGCGGCGGUCAAUGCGUCGGAGGCUGCCGCGGCUGUCUUCGUGACUGACGACGCUCUGUUUCUUGAAGACGGCGAGUUUGCUUGCCCUGCGAUUGCUCUCGACUUGGAUACCGGCGAAGUGCUUCUAAGAUACUUGAGUUCUCUACCCUAUCCAACAGCGUCGAUGGAGUUCCAGGAGACGCAGGUGAGCGGAUUCCUGGGACCGGUCAUCGCCGCUCCGGCAAUCGGGACCUAUUCGUCGAGGGGGCCGUCGCUGAUAAGUCCUGACGUCCUGAAACCGGACGUGGUGGCGCCCGGCACGAGAAUCUUGGGUGCGUGGCCGACCAACAAGCCGGCGGCCACCGCCGGGGCGAUGAGCCUAGCUAAUCCAUUCGCCGUGAAGAGCGGGACGUCCUUCGCAAGCGCACACGUCGCUGGCAUCGCUGCGCUUCUCCAAGCGGCGAAUUACCACUCCUGGAGCCCCGCGGCGAUCCGCUCGGCGAUAAUGACCACCGCACACCAGCUCGACAACACCGGUGAUCCCAUCAAGGAUAGCGCGACGAACUCGGAGGCGACGCCGUUGGCCAUGGGCGCCGGCCACGUCGACCCCAACAGAGCGUUGCACCCGGGCCUAGUGUACGACGCGGGAGAGGCGGACUACGUGAGCUUCCUCUGCAGCCAAGGGUUCAGCCAGGAGCAGAUCAUGGCCAUCGUCGGCGUCGACAGCUACGACUGCUCGUCCCCGUCGCCCCAUCUAAACUACCCUUCUUUCAUCGCCUUCUUCCCCCCCCAGCCACUGUGGCCUGGACCGCAGUCCUUCAUGAGGACGGUGACAAACGUCGACACGAAGCCGGCGGUUUACCGGGCAUUCGUGCGGCAGCCAGUGGGCUUCACCGUCAGCGUCCAACCGGAGGAGUUGGUCUUCAACGCUACAAUGGCCACUAACACAGCCAACUUUGUGCUGACGAUCGUGCAGAAUGAAGAGCCAGUGACCAUGGUGUCGAGCGGUUCCCUGACUUGGGUUCAUGAGGAGUUUACGUACACAGUGAGGAGCCCCAUAGUUGUGGUCGCUGAGAGAGCACCGGCGUUCCCCUGA